CUCUCUCUCUCUCUCUCUCUCUCUCUCUCUCUCUCUCGUUUUUCUAAAGUUAAAUAUACAAGCCUGUGAGCUUUCACAGACGGUGAGUGAAUGCGCGGUCAGGGAGGUUCGCAGUUGCUUGCGUCGAGAGCGAGCGGGAACAGAACUGAACGGAGCAACGCUGUUUGUGUCUCAUAACCGGGGCUCUUCCACUUCUGUUCGAUCCAAGUGUUUCUUAACUUCGUUUUCGACUGUUUCAAGAUGACAGAAGAAAAUAAUGUUGGGCAUAUAAAGCUGGUGACUGACCAGCUUCCGUGGGAUUUGAUGUCGCCUCUAGAUUGGUUCUGCUGAAGAUGGAAACACUGGAGUCUGAGCUCACCUGCCCAAUCUGCCUGGAGUUGUUUGAAGAUCCCCUGCUCUUACCCUGCGCCCACAGCCUGUGUUUCAACUGCGCCCACCGCAUCCUAGUCUCCCACUGCUCGUCCAACAAACCUCUAGAGUCCAUCUCCGCCUUCCAGUGCCCCACCUGCCGUUACGUCAUCACGCUGAACCACCGCGGCCUGGAGGGCCUGAAGCGCAAUGUGACCCUGCAGAACAUCAUCCACCGUUUCCAGAAGGCCUCUGUCAGCGGCCCUAACUCCCCAGUGAGAGCCCCCUCCUCUCAUCAGCACACCGCCACCAUGUCUCUGGAGCACCGUAUCAGCUGCCAGUUCUGUGAGCAGGACCCGCCGCGCGAGGCAGUCAAGACGUGCGUGACCUGUGAGGUGUCGUACUGUGACAGGUGUCUACGUGCCACGCACCCAAAUAAGAAGCCGUUUACCAGUCACCGGUUGGUGGAGCCGGUGCAUGACGCCCACAUGAGAGGCCUCACCUGUCUGGAGCAUGAGAAUGAGAAGGUUAAUAUGUACUGCAUCGUGGAUGACCAGCUGAUAUGUGCCCUGUGUAAGCUGGUGGGACGACACAGAGAACAUCAAGUCUCCUCUCUUAGCGAACGCUUCGACAAACUCAAGCAAACCCUGGAGAACAACCUCACCAACCUGGUGAAGAGAAACAGUGAGCUGGAGAACCAGAUGGCCAAACUCAUCCAGAUCUGUCAGCAGGUUGAGGUGAACACAGCGAUGCACGAGGCCAAGCUAGUGGAGGAGUGUGAUGAGCUUGUAGAGAUCAUACGCCAGAGGAAACAGAUCAUCGCUGUCAAGAUCAAGGAGUCCAAGGUGAUGAAGCUGCGUAAACUGGCCCAGCAGAUGGCUAACUGCAGACAGUGUCUGGAGCGCUCCAGAGCCCUCAUCACUCAGGCAGAACACAGCCUGAAGGAGAACGACCACGCUCGCUUCCUACAGACCGCCAGGAACGUGGCUGAGAGGGUUGCCAUGGCCACGGCCUCCUCCCAGGUGCUGAUACCAGAUGUGAACCUGAACGAAGCCUUUGAUAACUUUGCCCUGGACUUUUCCAGAGAGAAGAAGAUCCUAGAGGGACUGGACUACCUGACAGCUCCCAGUCCUCCCUCCAUACGUGAUGAGCUGUGUACUGCCUCCCACGACACCAUCACAGUUCACUGGACGUCUGAGGAUGAAUUCAGUGUCACCUCCUACGAACUGCAGUACACCAUCUACACCGGCCAGACCAACUUCAUCAGUCUGUAUAACAGUGUGGACAGUUGGAUGAUUGUCCCCAACAUCAAGCAGAACCACUACACGGUGCACGGCCUGCAGAGUGGAACACGUUAUGUCUUCUUUGUCAAGGCAAUCAACCAGGCAGGCAGCCGCAACAGCGACCCAGCCCGCCUCAAAACCAACAGUCAGCCUUUUAAGCUUGACCCGAAGACGGCCCACAAGAAGCUGCGUCUGUCCAACGACUGCCUGACCAUGGAGAAAGAUGAGAGCUCCCUGAAGAAGAGCCACACUCCAGAACGUUUCAGCAGCACGGGUUCGUACGGAGCAGCGGGAUCCGUCUUCAUGGACAGCGGCUGUCACUACUGGGAGGUGUUGCUGGGCGCCUCCACCUGGUACGCUGUGGGCGUGGCUUACAAGUCAGCCCCUAAGAACGAGUGGAGUGGAAAGAACUCGUCCUCCUGGGUGUUUUCCCGCUGUAACAACAACUUCAUGGUGCGUCACAAUGGCAAGGAGAUGCUGGUGGAGGCCAGCCACCAGCUCAGACGUCUGGGAGUCCUUCUGGACUACGACAACAACUCCCUGUCCUUCUACGACGCCAUGAACUCCCAACACCUGCACACCUUCGAGGUCAGCUUCCUGCUCCCCGUGGCGCCCACCUUCAUGAUCUGGAACAAGUCGGUGAUGAUCCUGUCGGGGCUUCCUGUGCCGGACUUUGUGGACUGCCCUGAGGAACACCAGGAGGGGAUGACGACACUGUGUCGACAGCAGGAGUCACCCUACGUGUCGGGUAUGAAGGGCUGUCACUGAGACCGGGACUGGGGCUGCGACUCGGCCUGUUGUCACAGAGACGGCUGAGAUUGGGGUCGUUGUCACGGAGACCGAUGAGGGCUUGGACUGGACUCACUGGACUGGGCUGGGUUUGUGGGCCAAUGGGGUAGAAUCUUCCUCAUCCUCUGCUUCCUCCUUCCUCAUUUUCCCCAGCUCUCCUUUCUCGUCGUGGAUGGUUUCAGUCCUACUACUUGUCUCAGUGUGAGGAUGCGUUUUAUUGUUUAUGAUAUUUACAAACCAUCACAGAAGCUUGACCUGCAUUAUGUGACUACUAGUCUUGUAUUAUACGAAACUUUAUUAAUCAUGAUUGAUUAGAGAAUGUUAAUUAUUCAUGAAUAAUAAGUUGCUUUUUAGAGUUACAUUUAUUUCCCUAGUGUGUAAAAAAAAAAAGACAAAAUGAAUUUGGGCAGCAUUGUUCUU